AUGGUGGUGCCUUAUGAGGACCAAACAUUCAACUCCCUGCGGAAUCGGUGUCGCCAAAAUAAGGUCCUGUUUGAGGACCCCCUGUUUCCCGCCACUGACCAGUCGCUUUUCUACCAGAGGAACCACAUCGGCAACGUCGUUUGGAAGAGGCCGAAGGAGUUAUGCCAAGAGCCUCACCUUUUUGUGGAUGGCCUGAGUGCCCAUGAUCUCCACCAAGGUCAGUUGGGAAACUGCUGGUUCGUGGCGGCUUGCUCGACUCUGGCCACGCGAGACAGCCUUUGGCAAAAGGUGAUUCCCGACUGGCAAGAUCAGGAGUGGAAAAACGACCAGCCCGACUUGUACGCCGGUAUCUUCCACUUCCGCUUCUGGAGGUUUGGCGAGUGGGCAGACGUGGUGAUUGACGACCGUCUUCCCACCCUUAACGGCAAGCUGGUCUACUGCCAUUCCGACGAUCCCAGCGAGUUCUGGAGCGCCCUGGUGGAGAAGGCCUAUGCCAAAACUUUCGGCUGCUAUGAGGCGCUCAGUGGCGGUAACACGGCCGACGCGCUAGUGGACUUCACAGGUGGCGUCUCGCAGACCAUUUGCAUGGAGGACAGCGGUGCCAAAGAUCAAAUGGAGAAGCAAGCUGAGCUGUUCUUGCGAGUUGUCAAAGUCCACGAAAGAGGAGGACUCAUCAGCGCCUCAAUAGAGGCAAGCGGCGCAGCUGAAAUGGAGUCUCGCCUAUCCAACGGCCUUGUCAAAGGUCACGCCUACGCCGUGACGGCUGUGCGGCACGUGCGUCUCGGUCACGGCUUGCUGGCCUUCUUUAAGUCUAAUAAACUGGAAAUGAUUCGGCUGAGAAACCCCUGGGGCAGCAGCGAGUGGACCGGACCUUGGAGCGACAGUUCAGCGGAGUGGAAAAAUGUCAGCCAGCGUGAGCGCGAGAAAAUUGGCGUCGUCGUGCAGAAUGACGGCGAGUUCUGGAUGACGUUCAGCGACUUCAUCGCCAACUUCACGCACAUAGUCCUGUGCCGUCUGAUCAACACGUCCUACUUUAGCUUGCACAAAACCUGGGAGGAAGUCACGGUGCACAGCUCCUGGCGUCGCCACGACAACGCACUCAUGAACCGAGCCGGGGGCUGCAUCAACAAUAAGCAGACCUUCCUCCAGAACCCGCAGUUCUUGUUCGACGUCUCGAAAGCUGAGGAUGAAGCCCUCGUGUCUCUGCAGCAGAGGGACCGGAGAGCCUCUCUGAGACAAGGACGGGGAGAGAACUUGGCCAUCGGUUUUGAAAUACAUAGGGUAGAGGUGAACCGCAAGUACCGCAUGCACGCCCCCCAGCAGAGAGUAGCCAACAGCCCCUACAGCAAUGCCAGAUCUGCAUUCCUGCGCGUGGACCUGAAAAAGGGCCGCUAUGUCAUCAUCCCAACCACCUUUGAACCCAACCUGGAGGGAGACUUUCUGCUGCGCAUCUUCACUGACGUGCCAUCACACGGCAGGGAGCUUAUUUUGGAUCAGCCGCCACAUACCUGCUGGACCGGUUUGUGUGGUUUCCCGUCUCUGGUCACUCAAGUGCAUGUCCUCGAAGGAAAAGAACUUGGAGGUAGAGAUUUUAAUGUGCUCGCAGCUAACAACACAUACGUGACCGUCCGCUGCGAAGGCCGCUCGAUUCGCUCUCCGGUGCACAGACAAACUCGCACUCCCAACUUCGACAUCAAGGCCAUCUUUUACAGGAAGGAUGCAAGCCGGCCAGUCGUCAUCAAGGCGUACAACCGCGAGAAGCUGUGCGACUCGUUCCUGGGCGAGCUAAGGCUUUCCACAGAGUCUGGCAACGUCAACGAUACGCUGCACCUGCAGGCUGAAGGCGGUCGGUUAAACGCUACUCUGACUGUGGUUAUGGUAACCAGCGCCACACUCACCAGCAUCUGA